AUGGGCCGAUGGUACACAAAUGUAAUUAAAAGAAGAACACACGUAACCCGAGACGAAGCACUGAUCUGUCUGGGGGUUAAGUCGGAAGAGUUUGACAGAUACUGCGUGCUCACAGACACGCAUCCUUUCAUACCGCACAAAGACAUGCUUACGAACAGAAGCACGAGAAUACAGUACAGAAUAGCAGACAUCCACAGAAUAAGAGAGUCAGAGCCGUACAAGAAAAAUAAGCUAAAAGAGGAAAACGCAGAAAAAAGAAUAAGCUACAAAAGCACGGGCAGAGAGUACAAGGCAGAGUAUUUGAAAGAUGAGCGAAUUGACUAUGGGAAAAUUUUGCUGGAGAAGUAUCCCUCAUUUGAAGACAUCUUUGAAGACCUGGGAGAGGCACUCACUGCGAUAAUAAUAACAGAGAGACUGAUACGAAAAAAACACAAGUUCUGCGUCCGAUUCGAAUCCGACUUUAAGAUGAAGGUGCAGAGGGAGCUAUCUCUGUUCUACCUCUAUCUCGCGCUUACCAAAAACGUCCAAAAAACAUUCCUCGCAAAAGAAGGAAUAUUUUACAGCACAGAGAUCAGCGGAUACGAAGUGUUCUGGAAGGAGGCGUAUCCCUUGGCCGAUGCAGAGGACACCCUGGGGAUCAACUACAACAUUAUAGUGCAAAAUGCAGAGUUCAAUACAUAUCUGCUGGAAAAAGUGAACUUCAGACUGUUCAAAGAAAUAGGCCAUCCGCACUUUGUCAGCUACAUAAGAGAGUUCAGAAAUAAGAACACAGAUGUGCUUGAGUAUGUUCCUCUGCAAGAAAAAGAGAGCGAAGAAAGCACAGAAAGCGAGUCAGACGAGGAGGAAAAUGAAAGAAACAAUAACCACGAUUUUGACAACUACAGAAAUGAAGACAAAAACAAAAAAAAGAUAAAAAAGAAGAAAAGAGGCAGAAGCGAGGAGAAAGAAGUAUUCACGGGAAAGUCGCUCAAGACAGAGGACGACACAAGAGAAGAAUACACACAAGAGGCUGAAGACGGGUCUUUUGGAAACAUGGACAUUCUGGAAAUGAUAAACAGCAUUCCAAAAGAGAUAAGAGCGCUCUCGCAGCAGGGCCAGUCGCAGGGAAUAUUCCGAGGCCUUGCAUUCUACAUAUGCAAAAGCAAUGACACGCUUACGCACUCUCUCAAAAUGCUAAUUUAUGCAGGAGGCGGUGAAAUAGCCGAUACAGCAGAUGAAACCGUUAUUUAUCUAUGCAGAGAGGUGCCUGCAGGCUUCAGGGCAGAGUAUAAAUACUCUCACCCGCAGAUCGUAUACGACAGCAUAAACAUCAGCGAGCUGCAGAGCCAUUCGUACUACAGGCCAGGGCAAGAGAUGCCGCAGCACACAUGUCCGUACAAGACCAUGCUUGAGACAAGCGCCCUCGAUGUGUUCAACAUUUCGGAGAGAAAAAAGAAAGAAAUCGAGUCGAUAAUUAACCAUAGAAAGUAA